UCUCCGUGAAUCGCUCUGUACCCGAUUCUGUCGGAAUCGCGAGAGCGCCGCGGUAUCACGAUGCGCCGGCGUCGAAAUAUUGAGCCGACGGUACCGCGCGUAAGACUAGCACGUAGACAGCUUCAACGCGACUCUGAAGACAUGGGUAAAAAAAUCGAGAACAUAGGCAGAAUGACGGCGAUGACGCAGGAGGAGAUCGUGGCUGGAGCACGGACGGUUGCUCAGGGUUUGGAGGCUCUCCGAGUCGAGCAUGGUGGUCUACUACAGGGGCUACAGUCCCAGGACGCACCAGCCGCUCGGGAUAAAGCUAGUCUGUUAUCAAAGAUAAUCGAGAUGAUUGAUCUGGGACUAGGCGAGGCGCAGGUGAUGCAGGCACUUGCGAGUCAUCUACAGAUGGUGGAGGCAGAAAAGCAGAAACUGAGGACACAAGUGAAGAGGCUGUGCCAGGAGAACGCCUGGCUCAGGGACGAGUUAGCUGGUACGCAACAAAAGUUGCAAGCAAGUGAGCAAGCCGUUGCUCAAUUGGAAGAAGAAAAGAGACACUUAGAUUUUAUGGCUAGUAUGCGACAAUACGAUCCGGAUCCAUCGACAGAAGACGAAAAUGCUAAAGAUCGACCAAAGGACGACCCUGUAGUGGAUCUCUUUCCUGAUGACGAUGCGGACGAUCGCAAUAGCAAAUCUAUAUCUCCGACUCCGCCGUCGCAGUUUGCUCAGCAAGUGAAUGCUGGUUAUGAAAUACCCGCACGUUUGCGCACACUGCACAACCUAGUGAUCCAGUACGCAAGUCAAGGCCGGUACGAAGUGGCAGUUCCUUUGUGUAAACAAGCUUUGGAAGAUCUGGAGAAAACUUCUGGCCAUGAUCAUCCCGACGUGGCAACUAUGCUCAACAUACUUGCUCUUGUAUACCGAGAUCAGAAUAAAUAUAAAGAAGCUGCGAAUCUUCUGAAUGAUGCUUUAGCGAUUCGAGAGAAGACGUUAGGUGAAAAUCACCCUGCGGUGGCGGCGACGCUGAACAACCUCGCGGUAUUGUACGGUAAACGAGGAAAGUAUAAGGAGGCUGAACCCCUAUGCAAACGAGCACUGGAAAUUCGCGAGAAGGUACUAGGUCGCGAUCAUCCGGAUGUGGCGAAGCAAUUGAAUAAUCUGGCACUGCUAUGCCAGAAUCAGGGCAAAUAUGAGGAAGUGGAACGCUACUAUCAGCGCGCACUCGAAAUCUAUGAAGCUAAGCUUGGCCCGGACGAUCCAAAUGUUGCUAAAACAAAAAAUAAUCUAGCGUCUUGUUACUUGAAGCAAGGAAAGUACAAGGAUGCCGAGGUGCUAUACAAGCAGGUGCUCACUAGAGCUCAUGAAAGAGAAUUUGGUGCUAUCGAUGGUGACAACAAGCCGAUUUGGCAGGUGGCUGAAGAGAGAGAGGAGAAUAAACACAGGAACAAGGAGAAUACGCCAUACGGCGAAUAUGGCGGUUGGCAUAAGGCUGCGAAAGUGGAUUCCCCUACUGUCACUACUACCUUAAAGAACCUCGGUGCCCUUUAUCGAAGACAGGGUAAAUACGAGGCUGCAGAAACGCUCGAAGAUUGCGCCAUGAGAUCUCGAAGAGAACACGUGCAACAAGCGUUAGAGCUAGUGAAUAAAGCACGAGUGGCACAGCUGCUGGGUGAGGAAAAGAGCUCCACCAGACGUGGUUCGCGAUCCAGUCUGGCCAAUAGCGAACAUGAACAAAAUCACGAAGAGGACUGGAAAUACGCCUUUCGCGCGAAAUAAAGACGUUCAUUGACAAGAACUACUAAAAUAUAAUGUCAAUGUGCGAAUGAUAAGAGAUGAAAAGAGACUCUGCAUUGAUUGAUGAGGUUCAUUAUGUCCGGAUCACCGUUCACGUAACACAGCACACAUUCCAGCUGCUUCUCUCUAACGAAAAUUCACUUUAUGCGAGCUAGCUCAACGUUGUUGCUCACUCGUAGCUUCAUGCGGACGAUUUUGCUAUGACGCGUAUUACUUUUUACUGUAUUUCGAAAGCUUAUUUGAAUGAAUUUGGAAGAUAUCAAGUAAUCGAAUCAAAAUCCAAAAAAAUCCUAGUCAUUUAUCUCGUAUACAUUGGCAAAAUAAUGCAGAUAUACAUUAUUUCGGGAUUUUCUCAUUUAUUCAAUAUCUUCAAUAUUCGUAAUCUUCAAUAUUCACAUAUAGAUGACAAUUAUAUAUUAUAAAUUUCUCAAAUGAAAAAUAUGCUUCUUUUUGUCAUGAUAAUUAAAAAAAAACUUCUGAACAAACUGUUUUAAAAUUAGUUUUAAAAGUCAAUAUCUCGAAAGAUGAAUAUCUCGAAAAAAACUCCGAAAUUCUUAUAAAUAGUAUUUUUUAAGCAAAAAUUAUGUUUUUAUAAAUCUACUUUAGAAAUAUGAACUUGAGAUCUAAACGUUUUUCAAUUUGUGAUUGUAAUAGAAAAAUAACUUAAAAGGUUAACACUCAAUGAUGUACAGCGGAAUUGUGAGCGCAAAAAUUGUCUAUUUAUUUAUCGAAUUGCUAUUCAAGACAUAUAAACACAUUUAAUUAAUUUAAGUACAAUAGAUAUACAGGUACAUGAUGCUUUUUUUGCGCUGGAUUGUAUGCAAGCUAAUAAAUUGAAAUAUGCGCAACGUUUCUCAUAUUUUUUAGCUCAUAUGAAAUUUAAAAGAUUGCAUCAUCUACCGUAGGCUGUACAAUUGUAAUUUCAAAGGUUGCAGUAAUUUUGAUUUAGAUAAAUUUUAGUGCACGUCAAAUUCUUGAGAUUGUCCUCGUGACUUUACACACGUUCCACAGUUCAUUAGCAAAGUUUUAUAACUUUUCCGUCCGCAAGUGUACGCAUAGUUGGCAUCAAAAAGAUUGAUAUUCUGAAUCACUUUCAUACUUGAUAUUCAAUAGGAAAAUUUAUUUUGUGUGAAACAAAGUUACUGACAAAACGUGAAAAAUUCUCAUCUUGGGUUUUUUUAUUUAGUUCUUAAUUGAUAUUUCUACUUUGCAACUUGUGUACUGGUGACUCAAGUCGACUCCAACUAACUCUAUUUCGAAUUAAAAGAUAGAAUAGAAAAAAUGUUUCUAAACUAAAUAAAUGUAAAUUAAUAAGUAACUUUGUUGAUAAAUGUAUAUAAAUAUAUUUUUUUGAAUGUAGUCUUAAAAAUGUAUUUAAAAUAUAAUUGAAAUGUAACACACAAUACAGCUUUUAUGUUCAUAUUAGAGAAUUAUAUUGUUAUUCCAAAAAUUCUAUUAUAUAUCUGAUAUCUUCUAUAUCUGAUAAAUACUUGUUAUUUGUUAGAUUCAGCUUGAAUCGAUUAACUUAAAUUGAUCUAAGUGUCACUAGAAGUUAUAUAAGUAGGAAGCAUCUUUCUUGUUUCAUAGAUAUAUUUUAGAAUUAUUUCGAAAAAAAUUUUAAACUUUACCUUUUUAAUGCCAACUGCACACUUAAGAGUUUUAAAUAUCAAAGUAAAACUUAUAUUUUGUUAACGUAUCAUUUCUUAAUUAUUAGUGUCUCGUCAUUCUCGAAUCUCUAUUAAUCUGAAAAGACGUGAGAACGAUUAUUAUCUUACAAUCUUGAGAAUUUUUAACAAAAGUUAUGUUGUACUAUUUAUUGUCUUCUUUUAAAUGUCGUUGAAAUUUUGGAACACACGGAAGAAAUUAAGUAUUAAGCAAAUCGACGAAUCGCAAUUAAGCUUUCUCCCAGAAUUCCCAUUCGAUCUCUUAUACUCGAAAAUAUUCGACGCAAUUAUAUAUUGUAAAAUAAUUGCAUAAUAUUUAAUGAUUUUAAUAUCGGAUUUAUAUGCUUAAUUUACCAAUCUCGGCAUCCAAUGUUGGAAGAAUAGAAAAAUAUUGAAUAUUUAUUUAUUCGACAUUUUCGAUAUAAAUUUUAUCUUUUUAAAGGCUUUUAUUUAUUUUUUUUAUUACUUUCAAUGUUCGACGUUAUCAUUUUUGUUUCACUUUUUGUUUUACGCCUUUGAUAGUUCCAAUUUAUGUGCCUGAGAGCUUGAAGGCCUAAAUUCUUAGUUUUCAUUGAAUUUAGCAGAUAUUAAUCAUCAACAAACACUAUAAAAUCUUUCAUACUCCAUAAAAUUUUCUAGAUUUUGUUUGUCUAGGAAAGAGUUUUUUUAAACCUUUUAAUAGUAAUAAUAGAUUAAAUUUAGUUUUUAUAAAAGAUUUUCAGAAAAGAUUUAUUGGUUUCUGAUAAAUCUUUUUUUCCAAUGAAUAUUUUCUAAUAAAGUUAUAGGUUCCGUGGUAUUAAAGAUUUAAUUUUACAGUGUCUGUUGAUGAUUAAACACUUUUUUUACGAGUGGGACUUGGUAUUAUUCUUAAUGAAAUAAUAUAGGUUAAAGUUAUAAUUUAACAAGGAAUUAAUAAGUCAAAGAGAUAUAACGAGUUUAAAACUUAUCUUCUGGAAUUAUUUAACGUGUUUUAUUUUUGUGGCCUGUAUUAUUUUAGGAUUUAUACACAUAUAAUACUUUAAUAUAAUACAAUGGCGAAAAUAGUAGAAUGAUAAAAAGAAUUGUCCGAUAAUUUCAUUCUUUAAAUAUAGAUACAUCAAUGCAUAUACAAUAUAAAGUUUUCCUUGAUACUAUGUAUUGUUUUACAUUCGAUUCUUUUUAUCAUUCUCUGUUUAGUAUUGAGCUCAUGUCAUCGAGAAGCGAAUGCUUUACUUACAAGAUAUCUCAUCUCAUAUCAGAAUGUAUCAAGAGAGAAAUAUAAAAUAUUUCGUAAUUAUUUUUCGUUAUUCUUUUGAAGAUAUUUUUUUUAAUUUUGGAAUCUUUAUCCGACAUAAAAAUCAUGCCACUUAAAACAAAGCAAUUUUUAUUUGAAAUUUUCCAUUGCAUGCUUUGUUUUUGAAAUAUUUAAAAUAGUCAUUUAAAAUUGAGUUAUAUUUGUAUAUAACAAGCAAUUAUCAUUUACAUAGUUAUAAUAUGAUUUAGAAAAUGAAGUGAUUAGGUAUAUUAUCUUUUUAUUUUUAAAUUUUAUUUAAUAAACAUAUAAAAAUCGAAUAUUUAUUUUAUUUAAUAAGGUAAAAAUUUUAAAAUUUGAAGAUAAAUGCUUAUAUUUUUAUAUAAAGAAAAAUAAAUUAAUAAAAAAUCUAUGUUGGAUUCCGAAAUAUGAUUUGUUGUACUAAUGAAAGAUAAAUUUAAUAAUUUCCUAUUAAUAUUUUAAUGAAUAAAGUCUACAAAAUUAUCUUUUUGCUGAAAUAAUUAAUUUGUUUAAAAAACAAAAUUUUUUGUUCUGUUAUUCGUAUCAAAAUUUUGAUUUUUUUUUUCAUUUUCUAUAUAGGAUAAAUAGAAUGAGCGCUUUUUCCCUGUAUAAAAAGAUCUAUACAGAUCACUAUGUCAUCGUGAAAAAACGCAGCCUGGAACUAAUAUCAUUACAUCUAUGAAGAAUUUUUCUAAGAUAACGAUGCUUUUGUAUUCAGUAUGAAUGAAACCAGAAGAUAGUCUAUAAAUAAUAUUCGAGAAGUAUAUUAUUGGUUCACGAAUGAUACAUAUAUAUGGAUAGGUACUGUUUUAUUAUACACGCGGUUGCAUAAUAUUAAUGGAGCUUUCGAAGCGUAUUGUAGCUCUCAGGUGCAAAUAUAAUGUUAUUUAAUGACAUGCAUACAUGUAUAAGUUUUAAUUUAUAAUAAAUAUUUCCACUUACGUA